AUGAGUCUUGAUACAACCCGCAAUCCUCCACGACGGAGGCCGGCCCGCGCAUCUCCCGACACUUGCUCUGCAUGUCGAGCACGUAAAGUCCGGUGUGAUGGGCGCAGAAACAUAUGCACCAAUUGUGAACGACUUGGUUUCACAUGUUCAUUCGAGAACCCUCAGACAAAUAUCGACAAGAGAUCGACGGUGCCUGUGACCCGUCGUCGUGCUCAUUUGGCAUGCUUUUCCUGUCACUCCAGAAAGGUUCGGUGUAAUGAAGAGCAGCCUACUUGUCGCCGGUGCAGUAGGUUGGGGAAUGUUUGCGUCUAUCCUGUUCCUGGACGAGCUUCUGCUCCUACAAAUUCACAAUCGACAGUUGUGCCGUCUCCUGGUCCACCAUCUCCAGACUCAUCAUCUGACUCACAAAGUUCGCAAGCCAAGACUAGAUCCCGCAGACGGUCCGACGGUACUGUUCAGUCUCAGACUUCAUAUGCACCUGACACCAGAUCGCCCGCACCAGAACAAGAUGAGCUGGAGCUAGUGCCGAAUGGUCCAGCAGAUCCAGUUCAGGAACCUAUCAUCAAUAAUUCUGUGGAAGCGUCAGACUCUCAUGAGCCUUCUGAGCAGCUCGCCCUCAAGGCGUUGACUAUAUUCUUCACACACAUACGGCAUGUACCAGCGUUUUCCUUUCUGCAUCGUGCCUUGGUAAUGGAUCAAUAUCGGAGCAAGAACUUUAACAAAGCUCUUUUAUUAUCUCUCAUUGGCAUUGUUUCCGUCUUCCAUGACCUUGGCCCCGGGAUGGUGAAGCGAGGAGACGAAUUCAUUGCUAGAGCCGAAACUCUCAUUCUCCAGGAUUUGGAGAACCCCUCUGUUCCUAAUGUCCAAGCUUUGAUUUUUAUCAUCAAGCACAGAGCAUAUCAGCGUCGAUUUACUAGUGCAUUUUCUCUGACGGCCAUCGCUAUCCGCUAUGCCAUGGGUCUCAGGCUCAACUAUGACGACCCGAAAUUAGAGUUUUUGACUCAAGAGUGUUGUCGAAGGACAAUGUGGUCGCUGUAUCUCAUAGACAAUGUCAUGUCGGCGGGUUACCAGGAAUUUACUUUGUCGUCACCAAGACUACUCCACAUCCAACUGCCGACUCACGAUACCAACUUCGACCUUGAUAUUCCCGAGCAAGGUGGCUACUUGGAACCGACACACUACAGUCCUGGGGCUAAAUCACCCAGCACACUAAGCUUAGUCAUUCGCAUGAUGAAUAUCAAUUAUCGCGUUCUGGAGUUCACCAAGCAAGCUGUUGCGCCUGACGUCGGAAACUCUGAAUUUGGGUCUCAAGUCGACGUCUUUCAGCUAGAGCUCAACAACUAUCAAUCUCAGCUACCGACCCAAUUCCAAUCAUCGACGCGUAACAUCCAAUUACACGCCCACUCUUCAAGUCUUUCGAGCUUCCUCUCAAUUCAUGUUCAUUGGCACAUGGCACACUGCAAUAUAUACCGCCUUACCAUGGAGGGCCUUGUCGAGGCGUUACCUCAACCUGCACUUACGGCAUUAGACCAAGAGUUCGUUAGGUCAUGCCAGAUACGAUGCUACGAGAGCGCCAUAGAACUGGCUAAAAUUCUGCAAGCUGUAUUGACGGUGAAACCAGAUGGCGUUGCGCUUGACCUGGACAUCGCUGUUUCUGUUUACCAGUGUUUUCGCAUUCUUGCCCACGCAAAUUAUACGCUAAAGAUUAUACCAGAAAAUAUGACAGAAGUUGUGAAAGCAUACGGUCAAAAAGAGGACGCGUAUGAAUUAAUGGCAACAAUAUCGAUGGUAAAUAUAUCUGAAACGCCAAGAUUGACGAUACCGUCACCGGAAGGGCAUCCGGAUGUAACUCAAAAGCUGGAAACGCGUUACCACGUCUUUUCUCGACAUAGUCUUGUUGGUCAAGUCAAGGUACCCAACAAGGACUCCAGUUUUGUUACAUCACCAUCGUUUGCAAAGCGGGAUAGUAUUUAUAAGCAAGCAAGGUCGUUCUCGCCGAAUCUAUCACCCUACAGUGGGGAUAGUAUCACGGUUGAAAACUCUGCUUCAUCUGGAGUUGACAUGGCAGGUUCUUUGUCCCACGAGGUAUUUGACUUUAACAUGCUUGAGUUUAACCUUGACUCUUCUAUUUUGUUUAUGUAG